AACAUCCCCUUAGGGGACCAAUCAAUAAUGAUUCCGUAGGAAUCGUUGCACAACACCUCUGCCUGUUCUGCAAUGCAAUCUUCCCAAACAAGUAUGUUCAUUAUUUCUGGCCAGGUCCAAUUCUGUUUACAAACAGGUUUUUGAGGGCAGUAUGCCUCAAUUAUAGAAACAGAUUUAUUAUGGUAAAUACUGAGAUCAGAAAGCAUGUGUAACUGUGUCAUAGAAUGAUUACAUCCAGGCAUUAUUGCCAGCCAAGAUUGAUAAAUAUGCCCAAUAAGUAUAAUUGUUCUCUGUGUCAGCCCUUGUUGAAGGAAUACUCAUGGCAAUGGUGAUCACCGCUAUCAUAGCUAUCAUUAAAUUACUCAUUGUGACUGGUUGUCCCACUUUCCUCAGGUUUUCUUCCAUCAUCUGUGACAGUUUCUUGAUCUAUCCCCAGGUUGAAUCACUGGACAAUGCCACACACUUUGUGGAUGGUGUGGGUCUUGGGGGUCAUCAUCAGCCUCUCCAAGGAGGAAUCCUCCCAUCAGGCUUCUCUGUCUUGUGACCGCAAUGGCAGCUGCAAGGGCAGCUCAGGAUCUUUAAGCUCCAUUCCCUCAGGGCUCACAGAAGCUGUAAAAAGCCUUGACCUGUCCAACAACAGGAUCACCUACAUUAGCAACAGUGACCUACAGAGGUGUGUGAACCUCCAGGCUCUGGUGCUGACAGCCAAUGGAAUUAACACAAUAGAGGAAGAUUCUUUUUCUUCCCUGGGCAGUCUUGAACAUUUAGACUUAUCCUAUAAUUACUUAUCCAAUUUAUCGUCUUCCUGGUUCAAGCCCCUUUCUUCUUUGACAUUCUUAAACUUACUGGGAAAUCCUUACAAAAGCCUCGGGGAAACAUCUCUUUUUCCUCAUCUCACAAAAUUGCGAAUCCUGAGAGUAGGAAAUAUGGACACCUUCACUAAGAUUCAAAGAAAAGAUUUUGCUGGACUUACCUUCCUUGAGGAACUUGAGAUUGAUGCUUCAGAUCUACAGAGCUAUGAGCCAAAAAGUUUGAAGUCAAUUCAGAACGUAAGUCAUCUGAUCCUUCAUAUGAAGCAGCAUAUUUUACUGCUGGAGAUUUUUGUAGAUGUUACAAGUUCCGUGGAAUGUUUGGAACUGCGAGAUACUGAUUUGGACACUUUCCAUUUUUCAGAACUAUCCACUGGUGAAACAAAUUCAUUGAUUAAAAAGUUUACAUUUAGAAAUGUGAAAAUCACUGAUGAAAGUUUGUUUCAGAUCUUGAAACUUUUGAGUCAGAUUUCUGGAUUGUUAGAAUUAGAGUUUGAUGACUGUACCCUUAAUGGAGUUGGUAAUUUUAGAGCAUCUGAUAAUGACAGAGUUAUAGAUCCAGGUAAAGUGGAAACGUUAACAAUCCGGAGGCUGCAUAUUCCAAGGUUUUACUUAUUUUAUGAUCUGAGAACUUUAUAUUCACUCACAGAAAGAGUUAAAAGAAUCACAGUAGAAAACAGUAAAGUUUUUCUGGUUCCUUGUCCACUUUCACGACAUUUAAAAUCAUUAGAAUACUUGGAUCUCAGUGAAAAUUUGAUGGUUGAAGAAUACUUGAAAAAUUCAGCCUGUGAGGAUGGCUGGCCCUCUCUACAAACUUUAAUUUUAAGGCAAAAUCAUCUGGCAUCAUUGGAAAAAACCGGAGAGACUUUGCUUACUCUGAAAAACUUGACUAACCUUGAUAUCAGUAAGAAUAGUUUUCAUUCUAUGCCUGAAACUUGUCAGUGGCCAGAAAAGAUGAAAUAUUUGAACUUAUCCAGCACACGAAUACACAGUGUAACAGGCUGCAUUCCCAAGACACUGGAAAUUUUAGAUGUUAGCAACAACAAUCUCAAUUUAUUUUCUUUGAAUUUGCUGCAACUCAAAGAACUUUAUAUUUCCAGAAAUAAGUUGAUGACUCUACCAGAUGCCUCCCUCUUACCCACGUUACUAGUAUUGAAAAUCAGUAGGAAUAUAAUAACUACGUUUUCUAAGGAGCAACUUGACUCAUUUCACACACUGAAGACUUUGGAAGCUGGUGGCAAUAACUUCAUUUGCUCCUGUGAAUUCCUCUCCUUCACUCAGGAGCAGCAAGCACUAGCCAAAGUCCUGAUUGACUGGCCAGCAAAUUACCUGUGUGACUCUCCAUCCCAUGUGCGCGGCCAGCGGGUUCAGGACGUCCGCCUCUCCAUGUCAGAAUGUCACAGGACAGCACUGGUGUCUGGUAUAUGCUGUGCUCUGUUCCUGCUGAUCCUGCUCACGGCAGUCCUGUGCCACCAUUUCCACGGCCUGUGGUACAUGAAAAUGAUGUGGGCCUGGCUCCAGGCCAAAAGGAAGCCCAGGAAAGCUCCCAGCAGGGACAUCUGCUAUGAUGCAUUUGUUUCUUACAGUGAGCAGGAUGCCUACUGGGUGGAGAACCUUAUGGUCCAGGAGCUGGAGAACUUCAAUCCCCCCUUCAGGCUGUGUCUUCAUAAGCGGGACUUCAUUCCUGGCAAGUGGAUCAUUGACAAUAUCAUUGACUCCAUUGAAAAGAGCCACAAAACUGUCUUUGUGCUUUCUGAAAACUUUGUGAAGAGUGAGUGGUGCAAGUAUGAACUGGACUUCUCCCAUUUCCGUCUUUUUGAUGAGAACAAUGAUGCUGCCAUUCUCGUUCUUCUGGAGCCCAUUGAGAAAAAAGCCAUUCCCCAGCGCUUCUGCAAGCUGCGGAAGAUAAUGAACACCAAGACCUACCUGGAGUGGCCCAUGGACGAGGCUCAGCGGGAAGGGUUUUGGGUAAAUCUGAGAGCUGCGAUAAAGUCCUAGGUUCCCAUAUUUAAGGCCAGUCUUUGUCUAGUUGGGAUCUUUACGUCACUAGUUGUAGUUAAGUUCAUUCAGACAUAAUUAUAUAAAAACUACACGGAUGUACCAUCAUUUGAGGACUUACUUACUAAAACUACAAAACGUCAAAUUUUGUCUAGGGUGCUGUUUUAUAAACAUAUGCCAGAUUUAAAAAUUGGUUUUUGGUUUUUCUUUUUUCUAUGAGAUAACCAUGAUCAUAAGUCUGUUAUUGAUAUCUGAAUAUAGUCCCUUGGUAUCCAAGGGAAUUGGUUGCAGGAUCCUUAUGGAUAUCAAAAUUCAUAGAUGAUCAAGUCCCUUAUAAGAGUGGCAUAGUAUUUGCAUAUAACCUGUGUACAUUCUCCUGUAUACUUUAAAUCAUCUCUAGAUUACUUAUGAUACCCAAUACAAUGUAAAUAUAUGUAAAUAGUUGUACUGUCUUUUUAUUUAUAUUAUUAUUGUAUUGUUAUUUUUUAUUUUCAAAAUUUUUAAAACAUACUUUUGAUCCACAGUUGGUUGACUUCAUGGAUGCAGAACCCAUGGAUGUAGAGGGCCAACUGUAAUCUGUAGCAACUGGCUUAGUUCGUUAGGAAACAGCACAAAUGAACUUAAGAUUCUCAAUGACUGUGUCAUUCUUUCUUCCUGCUAAGUGACUCCUGUGUGGCCACAAAAGGCAUUCUCUAUCCCAUCUAGCUGUCACUUCUCUGUGAGACUGAUCUCAAGAGCAACAAGGCAAAGUAUUUGGGGCACUCCCCCAAACUUGUUGCUAUUCCUAAAAAAAAGUGCUGUGUAUUUCUGAUUAAACUUUACAGGAU